GCCCUGGGCGCGCGGCGGCACCAGGCUUUGUGUGUGUGUGUGUGUAUGUGUGCGAGUGUGUGUGUGAGUGUCUGUGUGUGUGAGUGAGUGAGCGGGCGGGCGGGCGCGAGUGUGGCCGCCGCGGAGCGCGAGCAGGACCCGGCGGGCGCGCUCCCCCAGCCUCUCUCUCCCCGCCAGAACCAUGUCGGGCAGGUCGGUUCGAGCCGAGACCAGGAGCCGGGCCAAAGAUGAUAUCAAGAGGGUCAUGGCGGCUAUCGAGAAAGUGCGCAAAUGGGAGAAGAAAUGGGUGACGGUGGGUGACACAUCCCUGAGAAUCUACAAGUGGGUCCCUGUGACGGAGCCAAAGGUUGACGAUAAAAACAAGAACAAGAAAAAGGGCAAAGAUGAGAAGUGUGGCUCUGAGGUGACCACCCCGGAGAACAGCUCCUCCCCGGGAAUGAUGGACAUGCACGAUGAUAACAGCAACCAGAGCUCCAUCGCAGAUGCUUCCCCCAUCAAACAAGAGAACAGCAGCAACUCCAGCCCUGCCCCAGAGCCCAACUCAGCCGUGCCUGGUGAUGGCACCGAUGCCAAGGCGGACGAGGCCCAGACCGAUGGGAAGGAGCUGCCUGGGGCCGAAGAUGCUUCUGACGAGCAGAACUCACAGUCCUCGAUGGAAAACUCGAUGAACAGUUCAGAGCAAGUAGAACGGCAGCCAUCUGGAGAUGCAGGUCUGGCUGCAGAGACAUCCACAAUCUCUCAGGAUUUGGAAGGAGUGCCACCCUCUAAAAAGAUGAAACUGGACGCUUCGCAACAAAACUCCGAGGAGAUGUAGAAGCCGAAUUCAGUCCUCUGAUCCACAUCUCACGAGAGAUGCAUCAGCAGGCUUCAUUCUCGAACAACCUCACCCGAACAGAUCCCUGUCGGGUGUGAAGGGAACUACUAACUUUUCAAGUUUACCAAGUGCAAAUCCAAGAAAACCAAGAACAGCGUAACUUCUCAGACACUGAAAGAACUCUCUGCUGUGAAGCAAAACACUCGAAUCUUGAAGUGACUGUCCUGGGGAAGGCGGGGUCGACAGCUCAGGAGCGUCUGCACACUGUCUCUGAAGCCAAGAUUACAUUUGCGUUGCUGCUGUAUUGUCCUCCCCUCCCCCCACCUCUCUAUUUAACGAUAUAAGCUAUUUGAGGGUG